UUUCGUCAUCAGUUAAAAAAGGUCCAUUUCCCCAAAAAUAUGUAUAAUUCUAUGAUGGCAGAUCUUCCCAAAAAUUAUGCACACAUUUUUCAUACCUCUUUGGCCAGGCUUCAGGAUUCACCAUCUGGCCAUAACUCCAUGCAGCUCCGAAACAGGCUUCUGAUCAGAAUGAAAGAAAUCCUCCCCAAACAUAAAUCAUUUCCAUCAUGCAGUGCAAGAAUGCGCAUGCUAAAGCGGUCGAUCGAUUUAAUUCCCAUCUAAAGAAUUUCUCUGAUAUGGUUCAAGACUGGAGAGGAAGAUCCCAUCGAGCCCUGCCUGCAGGAAUGCAACGAAAUGGGAAACAUGCGAUUUGAUAAUGUGAGCUCAGAGUUGGUUGUCCGUACUCGAGAAGGUGGAGCGGCUCCUUGACGGCUGAAAGUGCACUGCCAUUUAGAAAUCGCUCGAUUUGGUUCCUGGCACCUGCUCCGCGACCUCAAUUCCCACUGGACUGACUGCGUCGAAAGGCACAUAAAGCUCCUGGUUCAGGGAGGAAGAAGAAGAGCAGGACUCAGGAGGGCAGCUCGAGAGCACGAUCCGGAGACUUGAAUUGUGAGUGGCAGCUGGAUUCAGGUGAUUUCUGUGUGCUGUUGUUGUCGUCGUCUGUGUCGGCGUUGGUUCGAGGGAUGAUCGGAGCCAGUCCGAUGAUUUACAGACAGAUGGUGCGACGGAAUUUGCGGGCGUUGUUGAGCUGCUUUUGAUCUCGCACAAUUCGAGUUUGCCGAGUGAAUUCUAUCGUGAAUCGAAUUCGGCGAGAAAGGGAGGACGAAGAAAAUCUUACCGUUACUGUACGAGUUCACGAGGUGAAUUACAGACUUCGAGAUGGCGCGGCCCGCGGUGACCAUGGAAGUGGGCGACGACGGGGUUGCGAUCAUUACUAUAGAUAAUCCGCCUGUAAAUUCGAUCAGUGACGAAGUGAUGCAAGGUGUGACGUCGAGCUUUAAGGCAGCACAUCUUCGUGAAGAUGUCAAAGCUAUUGUUUUGACAGGAGCUAACGGGAAAUUCUGCGGUGGAGGUGAAAUUCGCAACAUGCAAGCUCGGAAAACUGUGGCUGUGAGCGAAAGCAUGCCGUCGACUGUCACCUUGGUGAAUGAUUUGAUGGAAGGUGGUCCUAAGCCAGCAGUUGCAGCGAUUGACUCAUUUGCCCUUGGAGGAGGACUGGAGUAUGCAAUGAUCUGCCAUGCCCGCUUGGCAACUCCGAAGACAAAGCUGGGUUUACCGGAGCUUCAGCUUGGCAUAAUUCCCGGACUAGGUGGUACUCAAAGAUUACCGCGCCUUGUAGGAGUCGGAAAGGCGAUUGAUAUGAUGUUGACAGUGAAGUUUUUAUCAGCCAUGGACGCUCACAAGUCUGGGCUGGUUGAUGCUGUUGUACCUGCUGAGCAUCUGAUCUUGGAGUCAAGAAAAUGGGCUUUGGAUAUCGCCAACGGGCGAAAACCUUGGCGAAGAUCUCUAGAGCUGAGUGAUAAACUAGGCUCAGUGGAAGAAUGUCUGAAAAUUAUUAACGACAAACGAGUUCAACACAAGAAAUUGUUCAAAAAUGUUCCACACCCAAGUGCGUGUUUGGAUGUUGUUGAGCAAGGGAUUCUACACGGUGGAUGUGCAACAACCUUUCACGAAGCGAAGGUGUGUGCUGAACUUCAGGUUUCUCCCACAGCAAAAGGACUUAUGCAUGCCUUUUUCUCCGAGCGUUCAAUUUUGAAGGUUCCAGGAGUUACGGACCAAGGUCUGAAGCCAAGACGAAUACGGAGAGCAGCAAUUGUAGGAGGUGGAAUGAUGGGAUCAGGAAUUGCAACUAACAUGAUUUUGCAGCAGAUUCCUGUGUUACUGAAGGAAACGGAUAUAGAUUCUCUCAACAGGGGGAUUGAGCUCAUUAAAGCCAAUAUUCAAAGUCAAGCGAAGAGAGGUCUUUUAAGCCAGGAGAAAAUCCCAAGUACUCUUGCUCUUGUUAAAGGCACUUUGGACUACAAGGACUUCGGGGAUGUUGACAUAGUUAUUGAGGCAGUGUAUGAAAGCUUACCGUUGAAGCAGCAAAUUUUCCAGGACCUUGAACGAUACUGCAAGGCUGAUUGUAUUCUGGCAUCAAAUACGUCUAAUAUGGACCUCAAUAAAGUCGGAGCCAAGAUCAGCUGUCAAAACCGUGUCAUUGGGACCCACUUUUUCUGUCCGGCGCAUAUAAUGCCCUUGGUGGAACUAGUGAGGACUGAGAAGACUUCUCCACAAGUGCAAGUGGAUCUUAUCAACUUUGGAAAAGUAUUAAAGAAGAUCCCUCUAAUGGUGAACAACUUUCAUGGUUUUGCAAUAAAUCGUAUCUUCUUUCCAUACGGCAUGAGUUCACAUUUUCUUGCUAUUAAUCUGGGAGUACAUCCGUAUCGUAUCGAUACGAUUUUGAAGAAUUUCGGUAUGCCAAUGGGACACUUCCGGAUGAUGGACUUGACAGGAAUUCAGAUCGGUGCAGCUACGGAUAAAUAUUGGAGGGACGUUUUCCCACAUCGAGUACGCAAACGUGACUUCAAUGAUCGUUUGAAAGAACUGAAUCGAUUAGGUGAGAAGACAGGAAAAGGUUACUAUAAUUAUAAGUCAGGUUCACGGAAAGAGGAGCCUGCACCAGAGCUACUUGAAAUUAUGGCAGAGGUUCGCCAGCGUCUUGGUCUAGGUACCAGUUGGAAGGAAGUUCCUCUUACAGAUGAAGAGGUGUUGGAGAUGGUCCUCUUUCCAACAGUUAACGAGGCUUGCCGUGUCCUAGAGGAAGGAGUUGUUCUACGGGCGUCUGACCUUGAUCUUGCCACGAUAUUGGGAAUGGGUUUCCCAAGAUACAGGGGUGGAAUCAUCUUUUGGGGAGAUUAUAUUGGUUCCAGUCAUAUUCAUUCUCAGCUGAGCAAGUGGUCUACCCUCUAUGGAGAGUUUUACAAGCCUUGUUUAAGCUUACAGAGAGCUGCUGCCACAAACAGCAAGAUGGCAAAUAUCGUAAAAGUAUCACAGGCACGCCUUUAAGAGUGUACCUACGAGUCAUUCGUGCAUCUGACUACAGUAGUUUCUGAAUGGAUCAACAGGCUCCUGGAAGGACCAGAAAUCGAAGAGAAUUUUGUGCUUCACAUUUCACGCAGAUUGCAGAGAAUAAUCCUGGACUCACGACUGCAUCUCUCAACAGAUGUAAGAAACCCACGUUCGUUUGCAAAUUUCAACCAUCUUUCAUGGCUGCUCUUCUCUGCAGGAGAAAAUGGAGACUAUUAUUUUUCUCCACAUCUUGAUGGCAACAUCGAAAUUGCCUACAGCGAGAUCAUUCUUCAGGAUUUGGUGGUCCAUCACGCUUGGGUAUCCAUGACAACAUUCUUGAAAUUGAACAGAAUCACAUGUCAGCGCACUAGACAGGACGGUAGUCUUCAUUAGUUGUGCAGUGUACUACGCACGAGAUCCUCGUCCUCAUGUUCUUUCACUAACAAAUUCAUCUACAGAAGUUUAUAGCCUGAUGUAUCCGGAAUUUUGGACUAAUGGAAUUAACUGUAAUACACGUCGCAAGUUUUGAUACGCUUAUAAAGUUGGAAAUGCUUCUCUCCAUUU